AUGAAAGUAUUGUACAAGGAAUCGCCUCGUACCAUUGUGUUGUACUCGGAAACUUGCAGCUUGCUGUUUCAUCAGGUGCAGUUCAAGCGGGCCCACGAGCUGGUGGUGGCCAUGGAAUUCAUGGACAACUCUCAACUUAAAGGCAAUGGAUUUAGGCCUUUGAUUAAGAGAGAGGUGUCAGGGUGUUUAGGGUUUAUAAAUGUCGAUAACCAAGUAUUCAUCGCUGUUAUAACCGGCGCCAUCCCCGAGGUGGCCCACCCCGUGGACUACGAGUCGGUUGACAAAAUCUAUUCGGUGGACUUUAUUUCGUUGACCAAAGACACCUGGGAUUUUGCUACUUUAGACUCCAAUGGGAUGCCCAUUUCCAACAACGCCAACGGCAUGGCCGACACCGAUGGACGGUACCAAGUAGAGGACGACUAUAGUGGCAGUUACGCCCCAGAGCCUCAUCCUUGUACUGAGUUGAAGAAGUUGCUUUCGAACGGUUCUUUCUACUACUCUAACGACUUUGACUUGACGUCGCUACUCCAAAACAGAGGUAUCAACCGUGACAGCUUGUCCAAGACCCGUCCACACAGAAGUGCCGACUUCAAGAUGAAUCUACUGCAUUAUCUGGAGGAAUACAUGUGGAACAAGUUCAUGAUGGAAGGCCUAAUCAAGUAUAGGAGCACUUUGGACCCCAACAUCCAGGCUAUUUUGGAUGAGAACAAGUUCUUGACGACGGUGAUUCGUGGUUUUGCAAAGACCGUCAAGCUCAACUCUCGAGGUGACUCCAUCACCAUCAUCUCUAAACAGUCUUGGAAGCGAGCCGGCACCCGAUUCAACGCCAGAGGUAUCGACGAUGACGGGAAUGUGGCCAACUUUGUGGAAACUGAGUUUAUCUACAACCACUUGUCACGAAGCUCCAUUUCUUCGUUCAUACAGAUCAGAGGCUCGGUUCCUGCGUUUUGGGAACAAGACUCCACCUUGAUCAACCCCAAAAUCACCAUCACCAGAUCGGCCGAAGCCACCCAGCCCAUCUUCAAUGCCCACUUUGAAAACGUGUGCUCCAAGUACGGAGUGUGUCAUAUUGUUAACUUGUUAUCCAAGUCAAAGCCUCCAGAAAUAGCUAUUCUGAACAGAUACAAGCAAUUGUACACCCAAUCCGAUAGAAGGGACGAAUUGUCUUACACCGAGUUUGACUUCCACCACGAAACAAAGCAAAGUGGAGGAUUUGGAGGUGCCUCCAAGAUCUUGCCCAUGUUAAACAACUCUUUAGAACAGUUUGGUUGGUUUUCCUAUGAUGCUGAACAAGGCGAAACUAUAACUAGACAAGACGGGGUGUUCAGGAUUAAUUGUUUGGACUGCUUGGAUAGGACUAAUUUGAUAGAGCAAGUGAUUUGCCAGAAUGUCUUGGAACAUAUUAUGAACAAUGAAUCGUCUGGAAGCUCUAGGGAAAGAUACGAAAACUCGGAUAUUCUAUCGAAGUACAACUCUCUUUGGGCUGAUAACGGUGAUGCAAUUUCUCAGAUAUAUACUGGUACUAAUGCCUUAAAGUCGUCAUUCUCGAGAUCAGGAAAAAUGAACUUUGCUGGAGCAUUGUCAGAUGUCACCAAAUCAGUUUCCAGAAUGUACCAAAACACUUUUGUGGACAGCAAAAAACAAUCCACCAUGGACCUUUUGUUGGGAUACGAUUCAAAGAACUCUAUGCCUGUCAUGAUUUAUGAUCCUGUGAACGAUUAUGUCCAAGAAAAGUUGAAGCUCAAAGAGCAAACUUUCACCAGCUACAAGAACAUUAUGAUCUUCACGGGAACUCUUAACGUCAAUGCUACGUUACCCAAUCCUAGAUUCGAUUUAACAUCCUGGUUAUUUCCAACCGAGAAUGCUGGUCUUCCUAUUCCAGAUAUUUAUGCUAUUGGAAUCCAGGAGUUGAUCGAAUUGAAUGCUGGGUCUAUCUUGAAUGCGGAUACUUCACGCCCCACUAAAUGGGCACAAUUAAUCGAAGAGCAAUUGAACUCCCAAAACGAACAGUACUUGUUAUUGAGAACAGAGUCUAUUGCCUCUAUGACUAUCCUCCUUUUUGUGAAAAAAAGCCAAGUUCAAAAUGUAACCCAUGUUUCUGGAUCCUCUAAGAAGACUGGUUUGGGAGGUAUGACUGCCAACAAGGGAGCUUGUGCCGUGAGAUUCGAUUUUGGUGCUACUUCGUUCUCAUUCAUCACUUCCCAUUUGGCAGCAGGAGUGAAUGCUAUCUACGAAAGACACAACGACUAUUCAACUAUCAUGUCUGGUUUGACUUUUGUCAGAAAUAUGAACAUUAUUGACCAUGACCAUAUUAUUUGGUUCGGGGAUUUGAACUUCAGAAUCAAUUUGACGAAUGAGCACGUCAGAGAACGAGUUGCACAAGGACAAUAUGAUGAAUUAUUGGACAACGAUCAGUUGAUAAACGAAAUGAACUCUAGCAGUGGAGCAUUCAAAGGAUUCACGGAAGCACCUAUCACCUUUAAUCCCACCUACAAGUUCGAUAAAGGAACCUCCAAUUACGAUACCUCCGAGAAGCAGAGAGUGCCUUCGUGGACAGACAGAAUUUUAACAAGAAGUCACAGAGAUGCGCCACCUUUGUCUCAGUUGAACUAUAAUUCAUUGAUGAACAUCGAAAUCAGCGACCAUAAGCCUGUUUAUGCCACCUUUAAAAGUAGUGUCAAGUUCAUUGAUGAAGCUAAGAAAUUGAAUUUAACGAAGCAGAUCUAUGAGGCUUAUAAAAGUGAACAUCCCGGCUCAUCUGAUGACUCAUUGUCUGAGCCCAAUGGUUCUGAUACUUCUUACAACCCGAAUUUCAUGUCCGAUACGUUAAGCGAGUUGAACCUAUUGGAUGAUUUUGAUUCACCUCCACCUACUCCUCGAAGGCCUCCGACUGUUAACAGCUCUGUAUCAAGAAGAGUGCCUCCUCCACCAAGUAGUAGAAGAACAACAGAACUGGAUAGAACCGGGCUGAUCAAUACUUCUGCCUUACCUAGAAGGCUCCCCCCUAUACCUACAGACAUCCAACUCACAGAUGUUUCAGGAAGUGCUGGAAGCUCAAAAGUGGCCCCUUCGCCAGUGCCUACACCACCUCCUGCUAGAAAAACAGCCAUUCCGAUUGGUUUCUCGUCAACUCCCUUGGUUCCUAGCAGGUCUAAUUCUGCUACUCCUAAGGUUUCACCUAUUGCUACACCCACAGCGACAGACCAAGUCACAAAUGCGACCUCCGGAACCACUUUUCCUGUUAAGCCAUCCAAGCCCUCGUCCUUGUCAGGCACCAAAAUCCAUACAGUUGCAGACAACGAGAACAAGGCCACAUCUCCUCCCCCUCCUCCUCCAAGGGACGUUAAGUCCUUGUCCGACUGGAAACCUUUGGUUCCCCAGUAG